CCUCCUCCUCGUGGAGGAGUCAGGUAACCACACGGGCUGCUUUCUUUCUCACACGGCGGUGAAAGAGGCUUUCUGGCAGCGUUCCUACUUUACAACAGACUUUAUAGCGCAGUAAAAGUAGUUUUAUAAGACUGACGUGGUGUCUGGGCUCGUGCUCGGAGUCCGUCAGGUGUCCACUUCCUCUUCAUUCAUAAAACUGGGACAAAGUUUGCUUUUUACUCUCUUUGGAGACUCCAAGUUCCAACUUGGUUUCGUUUUUUACACUUUGUUGGACUUAAGUGGCUGAAUUUAAACCUGAUGCAAGAAUGGAUGAGGCAGAGAAGUACCAACAGCGAAUACAGGCUAUUGCUGAGAAGCGUCGGCUGCAGGAGGAGCAGGACAGAGCCAAGAGAGAGCUGGAAGAUGAGAAGCUCAGACUACAGCAGCUCAAGAGGAAAUCUCUGAGGGACCAGUGGUUGAUGGAAGGUCCUCCCGUGUCCCCAACUUGCCCUGAAGCCCAGAGACCUCGUUCUCCUCUAUGGGACCCCCAGACACAGGACACAAAGAAGCAAAUUGAAAAGUUGCAGUUGGAGAACCAGAUGUUGGAUGAAGAAAUGAAGCUGAAGGAAGAUGUGGAAAAUGGCAAAAGUGAGGCGCUGGCACUGUCAGAAGCAGACGUGUCUCAAAAUACCAUCGUGCAGAACAAUGAAAAUGAUGGUGCAGGAUCAGGAGUAACUGAAGGGAAAGUGAAGAGGAACAGCAUCCCACUGGAGGAAACUGUAGCUGUCUUAACUAAUGGUGAAGUAGCUUUGGAAGAAGACGUCAGUCAUACUCUGUCCACCACCACUGGUCCAGUUGAGGCUCCCAUGGAGAUCCAGGAUUUUUCUGAAGGAGAGCCCGCUGAUGUUCAGAUUGUCAGUGAAGACGAGGAUGGGACUUUGGUGAAUAGAGCAGAACGAGUGAUCAUUGAAGAAGAAGUGGCCAGUGUGCCAGAGAGUCAUGAAGCUCGGGCAAAUGAGCAGGAAGUCACGCUGUUAAAUCCAGGAGGUAAAGAUGGAGCUGAGGGUGUAGAAGAAACACAAGCAGCUCCAGAGGCUUGGACACAGUCUGAGAAGAGUGAGGAAGCUUGUGUCAGUGCAGAGCCACACGCAGCAACUGUAGGAGUCGAGAUGAGCAACCAGAAGGCAAACCAGAAUGUAGAUAAAAAACCUGAAGGUGGGAAUGAUGAUCCAGAAGCUGCUGCAUCUGUGCAGUCCCCAGUCAGCGCUCUAGAGGGCACUACAGUGGCUUCAGUGCCAGUGUACUCUGAGAUGCAGCUGCUCUCGCUCUUCCCCAGACCAGACGUUGAGGAUGAAGUUAUGGCAGCACCGAAGGAGGCAAAGGCAGCACAAGAUCCUGCCACGCAGCUCAGCCAUUUCCAGGAGGUGUCCCUGACUGACCCACAGGAGAACCGCAGGAUAGAGGAAGGGGAACAGGAACCUCUGCUGUCACAGGUCAAAGCACCUCAGACCCAAACGGAGCCAGCGGCAGCUCACAGUCCAUCCAGCACCGAGACACAAACCACAACCAGAGUUAACCCAGGUGUGGACGCUGAGUCACCAAAACGUAAAACCUGCCAGUGCUGCUCCGUCAUGUGAAUCCGCCCUUGGCUUUCUUUGUGUCCUCUUUCCCACAUCAUCUAUUAUAUUCCAUCUCACUGCUCUUCAGUGUGGUCCAUCCUUUUAACAACAUUACAUCCACAGUCCACAUCCCUUUUGACUUUUACCGUCUGCUGUCGUAUUUGUUUUCAAAUGUCCCACUGAGCUUUAGGCUCCAACAGGAAAUCAGCUCAGGAAGGAGGAGGAAGCUAUUUAAGUGCCUUGUGGAACUCCUGUUCACACAAAAAAUAUUGAGUUUGAUUUUCUUAGCAGAUGAAUCAACAAAUGUACGUCUGAUUUUUUUUCCCCCUUUUUUUCGAUUUAUGCCUGUAAAAUGUGUAACUUCUGUGGUCAUUCAUGGGAUCAUUAUGCUGUUUUAGUGUUAUUCAUUAAUGAUAAAAUAAGUUAUUGAUGAUGGCCAAUAUAUUUUAAAGGAGUUAAUUUUUUUUUAUUUUUUUUUCUCCAUGUUAUAGUGUGGUUUCAUGUUAAAGAGCCUCAAAGUCCCACAAUUCUAGAUUUGGGCACAUGAAAAACUCCCCUGCUGAAACAAAAUGUAAGUCUGAAACAGUUCAUUUUGAACUGUUGUGAUGUUCAUCACCGACGUCCAUAUCCAAAAUCCUGCUCGACGUAUGAGAUGCCCACAGAGGCGGCCUACACUUUGUUGGAGACACCCAGAGAGUUUGUGGAAGAGAGGUGGAGAGAGAAGAGAAGUUUGCUCCUUUCCUUUUCAAGUCAAAGGUGCAGAAACAGACUUUUGGAUGGAAAUCUGUAAAAGUUUUGUAAAGAUGAAUUUGAGAUUGUUUUCAGCAUGGGGACUUUUAUUUUUUUAACAUGUUUUUAGGAUUUAGCUUUUCACUGCUGGACAAAAUGAUAAUCAUCAGCUCACACCGUGAAUGGAUGUACAUUGUGAGCUGAUUGGAAAGGUAAACGCACAGUAAACUGCUUCUGGUCACCACUGAACAGGAGAGAAGUGUCGGGCAGCACGAGGCGGAUCCCUGUGGACGGGCUCAUUCUACUGCUUACAACAGGAAGGAGCUCCUCAAUGGUCGACUUGGAUGGACUUAAUGGGGAGUGUGAGACCAAAUGGGAAGAAUGCUGAGUUAAGUCACUGCUUGUAUGAUCUCUUUUUUCGUUACAGUUACAUUAUAUAGCACAGUGAUUCCAAAAGUACUGAAGGUGGGCCAGGAGAUGUCAUGAAACAUUGAUGAAAGUCUCUGUUUUCGGUUAUGUAAUGAAGCUUUAAAAUCCACCAUAUAUUACUGUUUAUUUUAAAAAGUGUAGAAAGAAAUAGAAAAAAUAAGCCAUUUAUUUUUAUAUGUACUCAUUUAUCUGACCUUCUGUAACACAUAUUUGGAAGUACUUAGCCAUGUGUUGAUCAAAAUUGCAAGCGUUGUUCACUGCAGAAGAUUUUCAGAGUUCCAAGUGAGCCGUGAUGUUGAGUUUGGUUGGUGUCAUUGUUACAACACCAGCCAAAAUAAAAUGAAAUGUAAACCCAGACGCAUUUUAAAAUGGAGCCUAGGUUGAAAAAUCCCUAAGGUCACUUUUAAGGGUGCACCAUCUUGGUGUCUGAUGUAUCUUAACUACAAAUAUCAAUAUUUUGGAAGUUACCAGCUAAUGAAUAUUCAAAAUGUGGAUUUGUGACCUGUACAUUUUAUUACCUCGAACGACGAGGUCAGAGGAUGUUAUGUUUUCACCCGUUUGUUUGUCUGUCUGUGAACAGCCUUGAGUCCACAAUUUUUAUAUAUCAUUCUGAAAUUUUUACGGAAGAGUCAUAUCCU